ACUCAAGAUUCAUCCCCAAUUCUGCUUUACCUCUAUGUCCCCUUCUUGGAUUUCGAAUGUUCUUUUUAUAUUCCUUUUCAUUAUUCCAAUUCCAUUAUAUUUAAUCAUCCAAAUUGGAUUUUAGACCCAACCCAUCACGUGAAACUUCACAAUUGAGUUUUGACAUAGAUUAUAUUCUUAGGGGAUUAAUUAAUUAAUAAUUAAUCACGUUCAUCACAUCAUGUUAUCCUCGCCCUUUCUCUCUGUUUAUCCACAACAAUUCACUCACUCAGUCUCCACCAUUUCAAGCGCAACUCAAGGCGCCACCCUCUCUUUGUCUGUUACUCGGCUUUCAACGAUUUCAUUCCAGAGAGAAAAAAAUGUUGGGUAACUGUGAGAAAAUGGCAAUAAUCCCUCCAACAACGUCUAACAAAUGGACACAGGCUCAAAUAGAUGAUCACAAAAUCUCUAUGGGUUCCGCUGGAAGGGUUAUGGAGAAACCAAGUCAAGAUCUUGUGCAGCAGCAGCAUCAAGCCCUCAAGUGCCCUCGUUGUGACUCAUCAAACACCAAGUUCUGCUACUACAACAACUACAGUUUGUCACAGCCAAGACACUUUUGCAAAGCCUGCAAGCGAUACUGGACAAGAGGUGGAACUCUGAGGAACGUUCCCGUUGGUGGUGGCUGCAGAAAAAACAAGCGUGUCAAGCGUCCAAACCUUGAUGCUUCUUCUAACUCUCCUUCUAAUUCUUCCACUCCCAGUUCCAAUUCAAACCCUCCUUCACAUUCCCACAUCGAUAAUAUUGCUUCUAGUUCCACCUCAAACCAUAUCAUCAACCCUUUGUUUUAUGGGUUACCCGGUAACGGUAAUAACGGCAACUCUUGUGAUGUCAUGAACCUUGCUUUUCCAAGGUUCAAUUUUCAGCCUCAGAUGAAUGCUCUUGGGUUAGGUUUUUCAUCUGGGGUUAUGUCCACCGAAUAUGGUUACCGAAAUGGUUUUACUUCAAAUGGCAGCAACUCGUUUCUUUCUGCUUAUAAUUCGAUCUUUGGUUCUUCUUCAACUUGUGCACCUUCCACUCCUGUUAUGGCCUCCUUGCUGAGUUCUACUUUGCUACAACAAAAAAUUGUCAGUGGUGGGUUGAAGGGUGAUCAAGGUAGCAACGGUUUCCAAGGAUUAGCAACGCUAGAGGAGCUGCAAAUGGAAGGAAAUAAUAGCGGUGAGAGUGUAGAGGUGGUGGCUUCAAAAGACGUGAAAGUUGAAGGACAAAACAGGUUGGAGUGGAAUAAUAAUAAUAACAAUAAUAGUGGCGGUGGUGGUGCUUGCCAGAACCAGAUGGAGCAUGUGGGUUUGUCUGAUCCUAAUUCGCUUUAUUGGGGUGCUUGGAGUGAUCAACCUAAUAUUGGCCCUUCAGUCACUUCUCUGAUCUAGAAAGAUGAUGCAUCGUUUUCGAACCUACAUAUCUCUCUCCAUCGUUUAAUUAAGGUCAUCUUUUGGUCCUUUUCUUUAGCUCUAGGCUUAAUUUAAUUCUCUUUAUUACUGCUACCUUUUUUUGCUCUUGGGUCAAAGUGAGUUGGUUGGUUUACUUACAUUGAAAAGGGAAAAAAUAUUGAUACUUAAAAAGGUAAAGAUGAGAGGAGUUUGGGAUCGGAGCGAUCAUGUCAGCUGCAAUUGAAUUACGCUUCAGCCUGUUAGUUUUAUGUGUCAAGGUUGAGAAUUGGUUAUUUUGCGCUGAGAGGAACCUCGGAUCCUCUUCUCUCAUCGUGUCACCGUAGACUCUGCACAGUGUUUGAUGCCUGUGGAGAUCAAAAGGAGAACUUUUGGUGCAAGCUCUCCAUAGUUUAGUAAGUUGGUCUUUCGUUAAUUUUGUAAUGUAUAUACAAUGCAAUGACAUGCACUUUUUUUAAUACUUUCUUAUGUACUGUGAUUAGUUAGAUGGGGUGGGGGAUUUGCUUGGUAUAAGCUACUGUCCUUGGCGAAAGGAACUAAUAUUGGUUUCAUUUUAAUUUGUUAACUUACUCAACAUUUGUUAUGGCAAGUGGAGAAAUAGGAGAGUGAGAUUAAUUACUUGUAUUUGGGUGAUUUAUGUGUGUGGGGUUGAUUUCAUGGUUUGGGUCAUAUGUUCGACUUUGUAGUUUUUCUAUGUUGGUAAUUCAAGAAACUUUGG